GUCAAUGUCACCAAUCCUUCAUUCAAGAUUUAAAAACACCUUUCCUUCCAUUUUCUCCAAUUACAAUCUUCCAAAUUUAUUAGUAAAGUACUAGACUCCAAAACUUGAAUAAAUACAAACUAUAAAGCACUAUAUAUAAAAUGUAAGUCACUCAUUCAAACCCUACAUGCCUUUCUCAAACUAAAGAACACAACAAAAAAAGCAAAACAAAAAGUUUACAAGAAUGAGCUUCCAACGUUUCUACCGAACAUGGUUUGAGCAAUUAAAAGAUGUGGUACGUCAACUAAGUCAAGUACCAAGACCACUCACCAAUGACCAACAACAUGAAUUAUACCAACAGCUUGUCCAAAAAGUCAUCUCACAUUAUCAUGAAUUCUACAGAGUAAAAUCUUUAGCUGCAAAAAAUGAUAUUCUCACAAUUUUUGCUGCACCAUGGGCUACCUCUCUAGAAAGAUCACUUCAUUGGAUUGCUGGAUGGAGACCAACAACUGCUUACCACCUUAUUUAUACUGAAUCAAGCAUUUUGUUUGAGUCUCAUAUUAUUGAGAUUCUCCUAGGCCUCCGUUACAGAGACCUCGGAGAUCUGUCACCUGGUCAACUAGCUAGAGUUAGUGAACUUCAGUGUGAAGUUGUUCAGGAAGAAAAUGCUAUUACUGAUGAAUUGUCUAAUUGGCAGGCACGCGGUCCUCAUCCCUCUCCUUUUUCUUAAAAAAAAAUUGAUAGAUUAGCUAAAUCUCGAGAUUAAGGUCACUCUGUCACUUACAAUACUCAGUCUAGUGUAUUAAGUAUCAAAAUACUUGAGAUUUAAUUAACUAGACCUCAAUGAAGGCUAGUUGAAUUGAAUCUCAAGAGUUAAAGA